AUGUGUCACGCGGCCAAUAAUAUUGUGGAGUAUCAAAGGGGAAAUGUUAAAUCGGAUCAGUUGCUGACUUUUAAAGACCAAGUGCCGGAUCCGUUAUACGAUCAGAAAUUUCCUGAGAUGGGCCUCCUCUUCUUGUGCAUAGCCGUGAUCGGAGUCGUUCAUGCGAUUCCGGUCGACAACGGAGUAGAGGGAGAGCCGGAGAUCGAAUGCGGGCCCUCCUCGAUCACAGUGAACUUCAACACAAGGAAUGCGUUCGAAGGUCACGUUUAUGUGAAGGGUUUAUAUGAGAAUGCUGCCUGUAGAAGCGAUGAAGGUGGCCGACAGGUGGCCGGCAUCGAACUGCCCUUCGACCAGUGCAUACUGCUAGAACCAGGCAUGUUUUGGAAUACUUCGUCGCUCAAUCCUCGCGGUGUGUUCGUAUCAACAACCAUCGUCAUCUCUUUCCAUCCUCAAUUUGUAACGAAGGUCGAUCGAGCCUACAGAAUUCAGUGCUUCUACAUGGAGUCUGACAAGACUGUCAGCACCCAAAUCGAGGUUUCUGAAUUGACCACUGCUUUCCAAACCCAGGUCGUACCAAUGCCUGUCUGCAAGUACGAGAUUCUUGAAGGAGGACCAACCGGAGCUCCCAUACACUUCGCCACCAUUGGCCAGCAGGUAUACCACAAGUGGACUUGUGAUUCCGAGACCACCGACACCUUCUGCGCCGUCGUGCACACCUGCACUAUGGGCCUCCUCUUCUUGUGCAUAGCCGUGAUCGGAGUCGUUCAUGCGAUUCCGGUCGACAACGGAGUAGAGGGAGAGCCGGAGAUCGAAUGCGGGCCCUCCUCGAUCACAGUGAACUUCAACACAAGGAAUGCGUUCGAAGGUCACGUUUAUGUGAAGGGUUUAUAUGAGAAUGCUGCCUGUAGAAGCGAUGAAGGUGGCCGACAAGUGGCUGGCAUCGAACUGCCCUUCGACCAGUCGCUCAAUCCUCGCGGUGUGUUCGUAUCAACAACCAUCGUCAUCUCUUUCCAUCCUCAAUUUGUAACGAAGGUCGAUCGAGCCUACAGAAUUCAGUGCUUCUACAUGGAGUCUGACAAGACUGUCAGCACCCAAAUCGAGGUUUCUGAAUUGACCACUGCUUUCCAAACCCAGGUCGUACCAAUGCCUGUCUGCAAGUACGAGAUUCUUGAAGGAGGACCAACCGGAGCUCCCAUACACUUCGCCACCAUUGGCCAGCAGGUAUACCACAAGUGGACUUGUGAUUCCGAGACCACCGACACCUUCUGCGCCGUCGUGCACACCUGCACUGUCGAUGAUGGAAACGGUGAUACUGUCCAGAUCCUAAACGAUGAAGGUUGUGCGCUCGAUAAGUUCCUGCUCAACAAUUUGGAAUACCCCACAGAUCUGAUGGCUGGGCAAGAGGCUCACGUCUACAAGUAUGCUGACAGGUCGCAACUGUUCUACCAAUGUCAAAUUAGCAUCACAAUCAAGGAACCGAAUGCUGAAUGCGCUCGUCCACAAUGUCCAGAGCCUCAAGGAUUUGGCGCUGCCAAGACUGGAAGCGCGUCACCGCAGACUCCUCGAGCAGCGCCGGCCGCGGCACAGCUGCGACUGCUGAAGAAGAGGGAUGCCGGAAUGGAGAGCACACUGGAUGUCCGCGCUGAGCUCAGUGCCCUGGAUAUUCACGAAAAGAAUGACGAGCUUCCUGCUGAACUGAGGAUGAUCUCCCCUCUGAUAGGCAUUCCCAACGGUAUUUGCUUGUCGCCGUUCGGUUUCUCGGUUUUCGCAGCAGCCGCGGUCUCGUUGAUUGCCGCCUCCGUAGUGUUGGCUUCUUACUCACUACGAACUAGGAACAAUUGCAAAGUUUGA